AUGGCUUCGGGACACCCACCGGGCAUUUUGAGGGCUCCGGCUGUGGCCACCGCUCGAAAAUUGAACACAGAUAUCCCCAAGACCCUGCCUCACGAAAAGGUGUUUCCCAUUCAGAUCGGGACAGAGCUGUUUGGGUUGAGUGGUGCAAGCAUCAGCUCCGAUGGUAGAGCACCCUCAUACUUUUCCCAAUUCUUCCAGUGCCAACUUGCCGAAUCUCAAGGAGCCGACUCAGCUCCGAUUCGAACAUUAUAUAUCGACCGCGAUCCGGUAACCUUCCGGGAUAUCGCACUCCAUCUGCAGGGCUAUCAUGUCACUCCGCGGGAUAGCAGCCACUUUGUGAAGCUCUUUGCCGAUGCACAGUUCUACAGCUUACCACGGUUGAUAUCUCAGCUGUACGAGGAGAACAUCUUCAUAUCCAUUGGUGGCGUAGACUUCCAGAUCCCGCGCGAGCUCUUUUCCGAUCCGGGAAAUUCGCCCAAUUACUUUUCCUUGGGGUUCGCUGUCUUCUUCAGUACGCCCACCGCGGUCUUCCCUGGCCUCGAUAGAGAAGGCCUUCUACGGCCUCCCUCUAUCAUGCCGCCGUCAGUACCGAACAGGAGCGCCGAAACUUUCGCUCAACUACUCCACCUCUUGCGUGGCUAUCCGCUUCAUAUCAAAGAUGAAGACCACCGCGCCGAGCUUCUACGCGACUGCAGGUACUUUCAUCUAAAAGGUCUAGAGCAGAAACUGCUCCGUCACUCCAUAUCCUUCAACAUCUACCGGAAUCGCCACGAAAUUGCCCUUCGUCUAGAAGAUAUUCGCCAAUCGGGCAUCUCUAUCGCUGUAGAUCCCUCUUCAGUCCCGCCAAAGGACUCAAACAGCGCCCCUUCACAUUCACCGCAGGGCUUUGUCGGAUAUGUGAAUUACGCCCGCCCGUUCGUAGACGACAAGGCCUAUGAGCUCGUGCUUGAGAUCGGAGACGAGUGCACAAGGCUACACCUAUCCUCAAUGCGGUGUGAAUUCAUCGGCGAUGGCAAGGCACGCAUCUCAAGACUCUUCGAAGUCAUUGCGACGAAGCUCAAUCUACCGAGCACUCUGCGUCUGGGCCUGUUGAUGAAGAAAGGCGAUGGUACCAGCUCCCAGCCUACCAGUCCGGCCCGCACCGAAGAUUGGGUGCGGUGCGAACUCGGUCACGAAGCAUCGGUUCGUCUAGACGGUCGAGGCUGGCAUAAUCAUAGCUCGCUCUCGGACCGUGAAAGGGGGAGCAGUAUUAGCGGCGCGAGCUCGGCGCCCGAGCUCCUUGAUGGGCAUGCCGAACAGAUACGGAAGCGCAGGAGGAUGGAUGGAUCCACGAUUGGGCUGAAUGAGGAGACUCCGGUCUGGGUGGUGAAGCGGGGGCAGUGGCGCCUGCGGGCGCAGAACUCGCGAACUGAGAAGGGAGGGGUGGAGUGUGUGCUUGUGGGUGUCGCCGUGGAUGCUUUUACAUCUGAGGGGGCCAGGAACGCGCAGAGAGGCUUUUUGGCGGAUUAA